UGGUCUUAAUACAUAAAACAUCCGGGUAACAGCACCUCACUUGUGUUAAAAGGAGAAGCAGAUUUAAUUCGCGAUCACAUGAUUGUUGAGGAGUUCAUUCCUACGCAGUAAGAUUCGUUUGCAGGAGACCCUAAAAAAAUCAGUAUGCCUUUCUGCGAGCUAAACACCAGUGUCCCCAAGGCUAAAGUGGACGAGUCCUUCGUCAAGGAAUUUUCCCAACUCGUGGCGAACAUUGUUGACGGCCCCGAAAAGGGAGUGACCAUCCAGGUUAACCCUGACCAGAUUAUAAUACGAGCUGGGUCGAUGGAGCCAUCGGCUAUUGCAGAGAUACAUGGAUACAACCCGGACUAUUUCACCGACGUCAUGAGGGAGAAGUGGGUGGUAUCCCUCACGUCUUUCCUCUCUGAGAAGCUAGGCAUCACUGACCACGGCAGGAUCAUUGUGUCCUUCCAUCACAAGGCGCCAACUCACGUUGGGAUUUUUGGAAAGCUUGUUAGCCAGAUGAAGCCAAAGUGAAGACAUUCCUUUCCAACUAUAGUUAAUGGUAUUCGAAACGGACGAUUUAGAAUGGUCGCAACAGUGGAAAAGGAUGGUAUUUUGCCAUUAACCUGUUCUAUUUUUCUGCGGUGUUUUUAAUGCUUUGAACAGAUUAAUGGGGUUUCCAACAAAAAUUGAAUUUCUUGAAAUUAUAAUACAAGGGAAAAAACAACAUUGGUGACUUUAAAAAUGUAGAUGCUAUUAUAAAUUGUUAUUUUUGUAAGCAUAUUUAAAGCUGUUAGUAACUCGAUUCAGCUAUAGGUUUCUUCCAAAAUUUAAUUAAAUUUUUGCGUAAAAUGUUGACAAUGAUUUAAUGUGUCACUGGUACAAGUAGCAGAUUAUUAAAACUACACAAGCAUUAGAAUAACCAAGAA